AUGGCGGAUAAUGGUGAUGAUGAUGAUGGUGAUUCUGGUGAUGAUGGUGAUGAUGAUGGUGAUGAUGGCGAUGAUGGACACGCCUUCUUGAGGAAGUGGCUCCUCCUCUCUGACCCUGACGACCUCUCGGCCGGGGCCAAAGGUUAUCUGAAGGUUAGCCUCUUCGUAUUGGCUGCAGGCGACGAAGCUCCAGUGGAUAGGAAGGAGGGAGUGGUGGAUAAGGAGGAUAUAGAGGGGAACCUGUUGCGUCCUGCUGGACUCACACUCAGAGGAGCCAUCUUCACACUCAAAGUAUUCAGAGCUGAGGACCUGCCUCAAAUGGACGAUGCCUUUAUGGAUGGGAUGAGACAGGUCCUGGGAUUCGACAGCAACAGGAAGAACCUGGUUGACCCCUUAGUUGAAGUCAACUUCGCUGGAAAAACAAUGUGCAGUAAGAUCAUGGAGAAGAAUGCCAACCCUCAGUGGAAUCAAAGCCUGGCCAUGCCCAUACGGUUUCCCUCCAUGUGUGAAAAGAUGAGGGUUCGUGUCCUGGACUGGGACCGAGCCAGCCACAAUGAUGUCAUCGGGACCGCCCAUCUCUCCAUGUCUAAGAUCUCUGCCCCGGGAGGAGCGAUAGAGGUGGAUGACAGUCUGGGUUUCCUGCCGACCUUUGGCCCCUGCUACGUCAACCUGUACGGAAGCCUCAGGGAGUUCACCGCCUUCAACGACCCCCACGAGGCUCUCAACUUGGGCAAGGGUGAGGGAGUAGCGUAUCGUGGUCGUGUUCUGAUGGAGCUCAGUACCAAGCUGGUGGACACGGUGCAGGCCAGUGUAGAAGACAUAACCAACGAUGACCUAUUGGUGGUACAGAAAUUCAUGCGUAAGAGAAAGUAUUCUCUCUUUGCGUCAUUCUACUCCGCCACGUUCCUCCAGGACGCUGACGACCGACAGUUUGAGGUCAGCAUCGGUAACUACGGUAACAAGUUUGACAACACCUGUCUUCCUCUGGCUUCAACGACGCAGUUCAGCCGAGCUGUGUUCGACG